CUCUCCCGGCGCGGCGGGGCCCGCCCCCCGCGGCCUGCCCGGCUCCCCGCUCCCACCGCCCGCCGCCAUGCCGGUGGCCUCCUGCGGGCCGGCCCUGCGCACCGCGCUGCGGCGGGCAGCGCCCGGCGGCUUCGCCUCCUUCCAUCGCUCCGCUCGGCGCCUCCGCCCCGCCCGCGUCGCUGUGGUCCUGUCUGGUUGUGGUGUCUAUGAUGGCACAGAAAUCCAUGAGGCCUCAGCCAUACUGGUACACCUUAGUCGUGGGGGAGCUGAGGUUCAGAUGUAUGCUCCAGAUGUUCCUCAGAUGCAUGUCAUUGACCACAGUAAAGGGCAACCAGCUGAAGCAGAGUCAAGGAACGUUUUAGUGGAAUCGGCAAGGAUUGCUCGUGGUAAAAUUGCAAGCCUGUCUAAGCUUACUACAGCAGACCAUGAUGCUGUGAUAUUCCCUGGUGGAUUUGGAGCUGCUAAAAACUUAUCUACCUUUGCUGUUGAUGGGAAAGAUUGCAAGGUGAACAGUGAAGUUGAACGUGUCUUGAAAGACUUCCACAAAGCAGGCAAACCUAUUGGUCUUUGCUGCAUUUCUCCGGUGUUGGCAGCAAAGGUUCUCUCUGGUGCUGAAGUAACUGUGGGCCACGAAGAAGAGGAAGGUGGCAAGUGGCCUUAUGCUGGGACUGCAGGAGCCAUUAAAGAACUGGGAGGAAAGCAUUGUGUGAAAGAAGUAACUGAAGCACAUGUGGAUACAAAAAACAAAGUCGUGACUACCCCAGCAUUUAUGUGUGAAACAGAAUUACAUAAUAUCUUCGAUGGUAUUGGAGCCAUGGUAAAGAAUGUGCUAAAAUUAACUGGCAAGUAACUCCCUCCCCGCCCUGCACCCAAAAAAAAGCCCGAAACAGAACAAAACCCACCUCCCCACCCCCCCGAAAUAUUAAAAUUUAGGGUCUAGUGUCAAAUAUAAUGUACAUCAAUGGAAACAUUUUCACCUGCUUGUCCUGUUCACACUCUAGUAAACGCUGAUAUGAAGCUGAUUGAUUCCCAGCUGCAGGGUUUCCAUGCCCUUUCUGAGAGGGGCCUGCAGAAGGGCUUAUGGCCUACAAGCAGUCUGGCCUGAGAUACAGAGCAUUUUCUUGAGCUUUUUCAACUGGAGAGAGCUGUGUGGAUGUAUUCUGAAACCAGUCCUCCCAAUGCACCAGUGUCAAAUCAUUUCGGGGGGGGGGGGGGGCAAAAAGAGACCAAAGGCCCUUUCAGAAGCUGAGGGCAGAUGCGUUGUAGAGAUACAGCACAUGCAGUGGCGCUCACUCUAUAUAGUGGCUGAAGAAUGGGAGUAGAGAGGAAUUAGUGUGUGGUUCAAGGUUUAUGUGCUCAGGCCGGUAUCUGAACUAAAAGCCAGGAUCUGCUGUCAAGGGAAUAGACAUCUUCCACUUCUUAAUUUAGUUUGGUAUUAAUUACAAAUUAAUGUUUUGGUUUUCCAUUUCAAAGAAUCCUGUUUUCACAAAGGAGCCAUUCUGAAUAUCAGUCAGCAGCAGGAGACAUCUUAACUGUCACAAUGCUAGCACUUUGAAAAAUUCAUCCAUUGGCCCAUUAUAACUAAAAAGGUCUUGAAAUGAAGGAGGAAAUAUCUGCUGAUGUGACACACAAUUUUUAAGGAUAAUGUCCAUGUUAAAGUAGUUGCAUGACUAGCUGUGGAUGGAAAAAAUAAUCUCAAAUUAUCCCUAAUUUCUCUGCUUUAGGGUAUUAAAGCUUUCUCCAAAGAAAUACUGAAUGUCUGGAAUAAUGAUGUAUAAAUAAAUUAAUUUCUGGUAUUA